GAGAUGUAGUCUUUUUUUGGGACCCCUUCUUGUGGUUAGGCUGGGGAGCAAGAUCAGACUUUGGAGAACACACGGCUCGCAUUUUCACCGCUUUCGGAAGGGCGUGUUUCCCUUACGAAAUCAGGACCCGAGCUGCGAAGCUGCCCCCUUUGGACCGUGUUUUAUAAUCCAAGGUGGCCGCCCGUCUUGCUCCCGGCCCGGCGGCUCUAGCGGGCUUGCGAGCGAACUGGUUGCUGGGGCAACCGAGGUAAACCGAGCACGCGGAAACCGAUACACCCGCGCAACAACACGGAGCCCAGGCUGCGGUCAGAGCAUCGCGAAAUGAUGCAAAACCGAGCUCGAUAAAGACGUCAAAAAAACUCUCUACUAAUCAACCUGAAAAGAGAUGGGAGGACUUCUAUGGUGACCCACCGUAACUGGGCCUUGAUGUCGCGGCGUGGCCUGGCCCUGGUCUAAUGGCGUCAGAUGAGGUGACAGUGGCCCCCCAGGCCUCAUCCUCAGCUGAUCAUGAUCCCAGGGGCCACAGGAAAAAAGGCAGGGCCCAGUCAGAGAGGGGUAGCGGGGGAGCUGAGCUCUCAAAGGCCCGGGCAGAGAUCGAGGAGCUGACCGCCGCUGGACACCAGGCCUUGCUCCGGGGCGACAGACCUGAGGCGCUGGCCUGCUUCAAAAAGGCUUUCCUGGCCUCCUUGCAGGGGGGGUCCCGGCGGGCCGACCUGCACUUCAACCUGGGGGCGGCCCACGAGGCCCUGGGGGAGGCCGGCCAGGCCGCCGAGCACUACGGUCAGGCCGCGCGGCUGUACCGGGAGCAGGAGGGCGAGGAGCUCAGCGAGGCCGACGCCUGGAUGAAGCUCGCCGGCUGCCGCCUGCACAGUGAGGACUGGGCGGAGGCAGCUCGGGGUUUCCAGGAAGCGGGCCGGAGCUACAGGGCGGCGGGCCGGCUGGAGUCGGCCGCCGUGGCGCUGCGGGAGGCCGGGAGCUGCAUGCUGCGGAGCCGGGCCUUCAGCGAGGAGGACGUCCUGACCGUGCUGCGAGGCUGCUGGGAGCUGGGCGAGAGCGUCCAGGACCAGCGGGAACGGGGGGACCUGUACAACGACGUGGGGCUGGCCUUCUCCCAGCUGAAGCGGUUCCCGGAGGCGGCGGCGGGCUUCGAGAGGGCGCUGCCCCUGGCCGGCGCCGAGCCGCGCAGGCGGGCGGUGGUGCUGCAGAACCUGGGCGCCGUCCGCAAUGCGCUGGGCGAGUACCCGCAGUCGCUGGAGUACCACCGGCAGGCGGCGUCUCUGCACGGCUCGCUGGGCAAUCGCAGUGCCCAGGGCCAGUGUUUCAGUAACCUGGCCUUUGCCCUCAGCCAGCUGGGAGAGCACGAAGAGGCUGGGGAGUGCUACCUGCACGCCCUGCAGGCCUUCAAGGACACAGGUUUGUCCGACGGCUCACGACCGGACAGCCAACCAGCAAGUCGUGCUGUUCCGGCUCUUCUACGUCUUCGAGGGGAACUGCGAUGCUAUUCCCGGUGUGUUUCACAGGACUCGCCGCCCUCCGCGCAGGAGCGCAUCGUGAACAAGCUGGCCGACGCCAUCCAGUACAAGCUGUCGCUGCGGAGCCGCUUCUCGCACGGCGGGGGGAUUGUCCCGACCGGGCCCCCCGUGAGUCCUGCCCGAUCGUUUCCCAAGCACGAGCCGGCAGGGACUGGCAACGCGCUUCUGAUCUCCAGCCAAAUUCCCCGAUGAGCCUCGGCAGGGAAUUUCUCACCUGAUUUCAGGAGAAAGUCACCU